GUUUAAAGUAUUUGGUGCUCUGCAAUUUUUCUCGUUUACGUGCUAAUUAGUGGAAAAGUUAUCCUAUAGAGUACAGUGAUUGUAAUUAUUAGGUUGUGAAGUACCUGUUUCGUGAAUCCAAUAUUUUCAAGCGUGGGCUGGGGUGAAAGCGUUUACUUCUGUAAGUGACCGGUACAACGAAGUUUUGACUCCAUUUUGUGUGGUUGGUUUUUGCUUGUUGUUUGUUUACGUGGGAUAAACCGUGAGAUUGAGGCCUUUUAGGGUGGAUUUCAAUCGAGUAUGAUAACGCUGGUUGAAGCCGACUCGAACUGAUUAUCUAUCUCUAUAGAGCUGUCAGAGCUUCAAUCGCGAUCAGCUGUUCUACCACGUCUCAUCACUAUGGCAACGGCUGACGCUUUACUGUGAGCCAGGCAGUACCGUUACCUAUCCCUGCGAACUGCGCAAGUCGGCUAUUUCGGCGGCAGUUUUUGAAAGCUACUUGCGGCUCCUAUUCGUCUUAACGGCGGUGAUGAAAAUCUACGUUACACCUGUCUUAAUUUGAUUCUCUUUUCCUCUUCCUAUAGGCUAUUCCUUUUCUUUUCAGGAGCUUCCUUAUUUCCUGCUUUGACCGCUCUCUUAGCACUUUUUCUUCCCUUAUACUUUCCUUUUACCCUAGUAAUGGAAAUACUGCACUAGACAUCUUUCAUUUUUAAAGCAGGUAACUCUUUAUAAUUUUCAGUCUGGGAUUUAAAUACUUGUUCUAAAGAAAAUGGCAGAUGACAUUAUUAAAUUCAAAACUACAAAGGGCAAACCGGGAAUUAUUUACAAAAGCCAAAAGUACCGUUGUUCUUUCCGCUCAAUUACUACCAAUACUAUCACAUGGAGAUGCCUUUAUAAGGAGUGUUCGGCUUCUAUUAAAACAAAAAUUUCUUGUGAUGGAACUGUGGAGGUAUGUGGUGCGCACAAACAUCAUAAUAAAGACCCAGAUCAUGCUUCGUCACCGCUUCCUUCUCCAAAUAGUUCUCAUGUUAGUGAUGCUACUGAACAAGAAAGUGUAUUAGAUCAAUCGUCUACCUCUGAAAGCCCUGCUCAUGAAUUUAUGGAUGAAAAGUUGCUGCUUCUGGAGGAAGAAAAUAAACGGUUAAAAAGUCGACUUCGGGAGAUGGAGGAGCAGCGGAAUGCUGCCCUGAAUCGGUCCAUUGAGUUGGAUCUCCAACGUUUGCAGCGUAUGGAUGCUGCAAGUGCCAAGGAUACAGAGACUCAAACUGAUGCUGAUACCCACACCGCCAAAGCCCAGGACGGCACAAUGACUAAACGGUUGUCUUCAUUCAUCAGUAGGGAAUGGCUGAGUGAUGACGAUAUAAGUGGUUACACUGAGUCUUUGUUUUCUAGCUAUAAUGACCUAGUUGUGGUGGACCCGGUUGUGGUUGCACUCUUAAUUAACGAUGGUGACUAUGCUCACUCUUUUUUCAAUUCAGAUCUGUAUGUCAACAAGAAUGUUGCUUUCAUACUUAAUGACAAUUAUUGUUCUGUUAAUUCAAAUUCGAGGUGGAACGGCACACAUUGGAGCCUGGUUAUUUAUGAUUAUGUUGACAAAUCCUUCUAUAAUUUUGACUCGCUAUCGAAUUUUAAUAAGCGAACACUGGAUGCACUAGUGGAAAGACUGAAUCCCAUUUUUGAUACAAAAAAGGUGACUCAUAUGACUUGCUUGCAGCAGACAAAUUCAUAUGAUUGUGGAAUUUUUGUUCUCUUCCACCUCGAAAGUUAUGUAAAAUCUAGAACUGAAGAUACGAAUAGCUGCCUUGAUACGAUUAUUAAGUUUAAUAAUUUUGACACUAACAUGUAUAGAUGGCAUGUCUUGGAGAUAAUAUGUAAUUCUUUGAAACCUCAAAAUAGCUACAAUAUGGCACUCCCAAUAAUAUCAGUAAAUGCCUCAGUGCCUUCCAAAAUUAGUAUAACAAACAAAACCCGCCUAGAAACUAGAAACAAUUUUUCACAGACUUUGAGUAGUGAGCCUACUAAGAAGAGGAGGAGUCGGAUAAAUUCAAAGCCUAGUCAACCCAAUAAACAACCUCUUUCUUCCACAACACCCGCAACAAAAAUAUCAGCACCCAAAACAAAAAUCAGACUGUACAUGGAUAGUCAGGGCAGAAAUGUUGUUAAUAAACUAAUUAAUAAAAGUAAUAAUUCUGACAUUAAAAGUAUUCUAAAGCCUGGCGCUAAAUUUCAGGAUGUAACCAAAGAAUCUAUAACUGAUUGUUCUAACCUUGGACCAAGAGAUGUAGCUGUAUUCGUAGCGGGGACAAUUGAUGUGUCUAGGAAUGAAGCCAAGGAAUUCAUAUCAACACUGCGUCGUAGGCUUCAAGAGAUGAGGCAUACAAGAGUUUUUGUCUUUGAUGUCCCCUAUAGAUAUGAUCUUCCUAAAUGGUCUUGUGUGAAUGAAGCUAUUACGUGGACAAAUAAAGAGAUUAAUAAAAUAAGUAAGCAUUUUAAAAAUGUUACAGUUUUUAAGUUGAGUGGGCUUGGAAUCGAGUUUCAUACACGGCAUGGUCUGCACCUGAAUUAUUGGGGUAAAGAAUAUAUUGUCAAGUGUAUUUUAAGUGAGCUGAAUUAUAAUUCAGUUGCUAGCUGUGGGGAGCCUAUAAUACUAAAAAACUAGGAGGGCUGUCCGAUGUUGAAUAUGAUCAAUU